UUUGUUGGGUGGUGGCUUCUGCUUGGCAUUUAGUGGGUGUAUCAUCACAUCGUAAUAUGGGAAACUGCUGGUGGUUUGGCAGAAGGUGGGAGCCUUCAAUCUACAGAGUUUCUUCUAAUGCAAAGUCAGAGUCUUCCAAGGAUAGCCCAUCAGGAAUGGUAAGGAAGGAUGACAGAAAGCUACCAUCAAAUCCUGAAGAAGUAGAAGACCUGCGUCGUAGUUCAUCUGCAAACCCAUUGAUUGUAUUCACAUUCGAUGAACUAAAAACCAUCACUGACAACUUUAGACAAGAUCACAUGCUGGGUGGAGGUGGAUUUGGAAGCGUGUUCAAAGGUUUCAUAGCUGAAGAUCUAAAGAAAGGACUUCGGCCAAUUCCAGUUGCUGUUAAGGUUCAUGAUGGGGAUAACAGUUUUCAAGGUCACAGGGAAUGGCUGGCUGAAGUCGUAUUCUUGGGGCAGCUUUCUCAUCCAAAUUUGGUGAAACUUAUUGGCUACUGCUGCGAAGAUGAGCACAGGGUGCUAGUGUAUGAGUAUAUGCCUCGGGGAAGUGUAGAAAAUAAUCUAUUCUCCAGAGUCUUGCUUCCUCUUUCUUGGUCUACUAGAAUGAAGAUUGCAUUUGGUGCAGCAAAAGGACUUGCUUUCCUGCAUGAAGCUGAGAAACCUGUCAUCUACCGCGACUUUAAAACAUCUAAUAUUCUAUUAGAUCUGGACUACAAUCCAAAACUGUCUGAUUUUGGCCUGGCAAAAGAUGGACCAGUUGGCGAUAAAUCUCAUGUUUCUACUCGCAUAAUGGGCACGUAUGGUUAUGCUGCACCAGAAUAUAUUAUGACAGGUCAUCUGACUCCCAGAAGUGAUGUUUACAGCUUCGGGGUAGUCCUUCUGGAGCUUCUAACAGGUAGAAAAUCUUUGGACAAAUGUAGACCAGCCCGGGAGCAGAACCUGACUGAUUGGGCAGUGCCCUUGCUCCGCGAGAAGAAAAAGUUGCUUAGCAUUGUAGAUCCAAGAUUAGAAGGAGAAUAUCCAGUAAAAGGUGUUCACAAGGCAGCUAUGUUGGCUUAUCACUCCUUAAAUCGCAACCCAAAAGCACGCCCUUUGAUGCGAGACAUUGUAGAUUCCCUGGAGCCUCUCCAGGACCAUUUGGAGCAAACUCCUCCAAAUGAAAAGCCUACUUUGACAGUGAUUUGUGAGAACUCUGAUGGAGGCAUCCAGAGGAAAGAUACGCUGCUAACAUGACAUUCUUUGCUAUAGUGUUUUGCAAUUUGAAAUCAGAAGUUUUUUGACAUGUAGAAUUGUACUGUUGUAUGCAGGUUUAAAGCAAAGAUUAGUUUAAAUUGUUUUAUAUGUUUUCAAAUCAUAAGAUGGCAGGUUUAACGUAUCACCUGCUCGUUUUGUGGUUGGUAAGACUAGUGCUUUUGCAGCAGACUGCAGUGUGUACCGAUACGAAAACCUGAUGUAGCUUGUAAUGCAGGUUAUUUGAGUAAAAAAUGCACACCAAGUGAAGUGAU